GCGCGGGAGCGGCGCAGCGACGGCGGUGGCGGCAGCGGCGGCGGCGGCAGCGUUUCGGAGCCGUUGAGACGCCUCUGCGGCAGCUGGUGGCGCAGGUGGCUUGCGUGGACGCGGCCAGCGAGCGGCCAGCCGGCCCCGCAGCCUCCGCGCUCGCGGCCGCAGCAGGCGUCGGGACAGCCCGAGGCACCUUCCGCCCGCCCGCCCACGCAGGACCCGGGGCUCGGGCCGCGCUCCCGCAUCCCUUCGCCGCCCGGCCGCCCGCCCGCCCGCCCAGCUCCGGGCCUUAGGACCCCCCGGCUUCACACCAGAAACAUGACUCGCGAUUUCAAACCCGGAGACCUCAUCUUCGCCAAGAUGAAAGGUUAUCCUCACUGGCCAGCUCGAGUAGAUGAAGUUCCUGAUGGAGCUGUAAAACCACCUACAAACAAACUACCCAUUUUCUUUUUUGGAACUCAUGAGACUGCUUUUUUAGGACCAAAGGAUAUAUUUCCUUACUCAGAAAAUAAGGAAAAGUAUGGCAAACCAAAUAAACGAAAAGGUUUCAAUGAAGGCUUAUGGGAGAUAGAUAACAAUCCAAAAGUGAAAUUUUCAAGUGCACAGGCAUCAGCCAAACAAUCAAAUGCAUCAUCUGAUGUUGAAAUUGAAGAAAAAGAAACUAGUGUUUCAAAGGAAGAUACUGAUCAUGAAGAAAAAGCCAGCAAUGAGGAUGUGACUAAAGCAGUUGACAUAACUACUCCAAAAGCUGCCAGAAGAGGGAGAAAGAGAAAGGCAGAAAAACAAGUAGAACCUGAGGAGGCAGGAAUAGUGACAACAGCAACAGCGUCUGUUAAUCUGAAAGUGAGUCCUAAACGAGGACGGCCUGCAGCCACUGAAGUCAAGAUUCCAAAACCAAGAGGCAGACCUAAAAUGGUAAAACAGCCCUGUCCUUCAGAGAGUGACAUGAUCCCCGAGGAAGACAAAAGUAAGAAAAAGGGGCAAGAGGAAAAACCACCUAAGAAGCAGCUUAAAAAGGAUGAAGAAGGACAGAAGGAAGAAGAUAAACCAAGAAAAGAACCAGACAAAAAGGAAGGAAAGAAAGAAGUUGAAUCAAAAAGAAAAAAUUUAGCUAAAACAGGCGUUACUUCAACAUCUGAUUCUGAAGAAGAAGGAGAUGAUCAAGAAGGUGAAAAGAAGAGAAAGGGUGGAAGAAACUUUCAGACUGCUCACAGGAGGAAUCUGCUGAAGGGCCAACAUGAGAAAGAAGCAGCAGAUCGAAAACGCAAGCAAGAGGAACAAAUGGAAACCGAGCAGCAGAAUAAAGAUGAAGGAAAGAAGCCAGAAGUUAAGAAAGUGGAGAAGAAACGAGAAACAUCAAUGGAUUCCCGACUUCAAAGGAUACAUGCUGAAAUUAAAAAUUCACUCAAAAUCGAUAAUCUUGAUGUGAACAGAUGCAUUGAAGCCUUGGAUGAACUUGCUUCACUUCAGGUCACAAUGCAACAAGCUCAGAAACACACAGAAAUGAUUACAACACUGAAAAAAAUACGACGAUUCAAAGUUAGUCAAGUUAUUAUGGAGAAGUCUACAAUGUUGUAUAACAAGUUUAAGAACAUGUUUUUGGUUGGUGAAGGAGAUUCUGUCAUCACACAAGUGCUGAAUAAAUCUCUUGCUGAACAAAGACAGCAUGAAGAAGCAAAUAAAACCAAAGACCAAGGAAAGAAAGGGCCAAACAAAAAGCUAGAAAAGGAACAAACAGGUUCAAAGACUCUCAAUGGAGGAUCUGAUGUCCAAGAUAGUAAUCAGCUGCAACACAAUGGAGACAGCAAUGAAGAAAACAAGGACAACCAUGAGGCCAGCAGUAAAAAAAAGCCAUCUGGAGAAGAGAGAGAGACUGAAAUAUCGCUCAAGGAUUCCACACUAGAUAACUAGGUUGACCUGGACUAUAAAGAACAUAUGAGAAGUUUGUAAUAGUUUUCAUUUGAAAUAUUUAGACUGCUGAAAGUUUUUAAUUUUGUAAGCAUAGGUUUUGAUGUUUAAUACUUAAGUUUUGAGGGAGAAGAUCCCUUUAUCUUUGUUUAAAAGUAAUUGAACAUUAUUGCUAAUUGUACUUGUGCAGUAUUAACAACUUCAUUAUACAGUAAAUGUGUGUGUGUGUGAAAUCCACUUAGAAAAUGCUAAACUGCCUUUCCAGACAUGGUUGUAGGAUAUUUUCAAUUAGCGUGUCUAUGUUAAUGUGUAAUUGAUAGUAGAACAAGGUUACAUUUUUAAACUGCUACUUGUAUAAAUCUUUCCUCUUUUCCCAUAUAUGAUGGGUUUUGUGGCGUUUUUACGAACUUGGAUUUAUCAGACUGUCUUUUCACUGUGUGAGUUUUGUAGAAGUUGAGCAUUUUUAUGGUUGGAUAAAAUGUUACUUCUAUACAAGUACUCAGUCUCUCCUUUAUCAAAAGUUAAUUUUAAUCUCAGUUUACAUUCCCUGCUUUGGUAGCAAUGUGUGGUCUGUAGACCUUUUUGUAUGACUCCUCAAGUUAACUUUUGAAGGUAGUUUAGUUCUGUGGCUAGGAAUUCAGUGAUAUCACAUAAAUUCCUGACAGAACCAAAGGGGUACAUAUAGGGAUGAAUCUGGCUUUAGAGUUCAACUAUCUUAAGAUCUUUUCCACAAGCAAUAGUAACAACAGAAAAUGAAAGAAUUUUUUUGAAAAUAUCCUUUUUAAGUUACUAAUUCAAAAAAAACAAACCACUCAUUACGGGAAGUCACAAAGUAAUUUUUAAUUGGAAAAAAGGCAAUCCCUAAUGCUUAGGUGAUUAAUAAAAGUGCUAUGUUAGGAAAGUAACCUAUUGAAAGCAUGGCUAUAUUAAAAGGGAAUUGGUAUUUAAUUUUUAUACAUGUAAGGAUCACAAAGGGUAGAAAGAUUACUCUAAGGUAGUACAUUAUAUUUAUGUAUGGACUCAAGCACAGUGAACCAAUGUUAUUACAAAAUUUAAGAUUAAAGAAUGGCAUAUCUAAAA